UCAUUUUCUUUUUUUCUUAUUUGUUUUUCUAUGGAACCGCCGCCUCCUUCUCUCUCCUCCACCGUCGCCCCUCCUCCACCUCCUACUCACGUGACCUCAUCAUACCCCGAGUCUCUAGAAUCCUCCCCUAGGUCUCGCACCACCGACGCCUUGGACGAUCUUCCUCCCUCCUCCGCCGCCGCCGCCUCUUCUAAACUCCGUCUCAUGUGCAGUUACGGCGGUCACAUCCUCCCUCGCCCUCACGAUAAAUCCCUCUGUUACAUGGGAGGCGACACUCGCAUCGUCGUCGUGGACCGUAACUCCUCCCUCUCUUCUCUCGUCGCUCGUCUCUCCAGCACGCUUCUCAAUAACCGCUCCUUCACGCUCAAGUAUCAGUUACCAAGCGAAGACCUAGAUUCCCUCAUCUCCGUCACCACCGAGGAAGAUCUCGAGAACAUGAUCGAGGAGUAUGACCGUACGAUCAUCACCGCCGCGGGUGAUUCGAUCAAACCUUCGCGUUUGCGUUUGUUUCUAUUCACGGAGAAGCUGGAAGGUGCUCAGUCGAUGGGGAAGAUACUCGAGAGUAAGUCUAAGAGCGAUGAUUGGUUUCUCGACGCUCUUAACAACGCUGGUGUUAUCAGUAGAGGCUACUCGGAUUCUGAUGCUAACGUUAACCGUUUACUCGGUUUAGACGCUCUCCGCUCUGAUUCCGAUGAAAACGGAAACAAUCUUGAUCCAAGUGUCAAAGACGAUGACGGUUCCGUUAAAAGCGGUAAACAAGAUGACGGUUCCGUUAAAAACGGUAAACAAGAUGACGGUUCCGUUAAAAGCGUCAAACAGCAACAAAUCGAGCAGCCUCCGAUACAAGGAGGAGGGCAAGAUGUGCAGAACGUGGCGGAUUCUCCGAUUUUGGAUACGUCUUCAACUUCUUCUUCUCCGACGCUCGCGAAUCUUCCGCCGAUUCGUGUUCGUGCAGAGGAAGCAGGGAUGCAUGAUCAGAAGGUUGGGAUCGAAGAACAGUUCGGUAGAUUCAACGUAGAGAGUAAGCAGCAGCAGCUAACGGAGGAUGGAUUUGCAGCGAUCUCGUCACCACCGCCGAUGCCUGUGACAAUCUCCAUUCCCGCCGCUCCGGUGAAUGCAACAACCGUCUCAGACGAUGAGAGGUCUGAUCAUGGAGUCUCCGCUGGAUUCAAAAAGCCUCCGACUCCACAUUCUCAGCCGCAGAAUCUACCUCCUCCGCAAGGUCACGAGCUACCAUCACCCAACUCCGUUUCCAGUGAUAACAGCAUCAACAAUCCUGUGUUUCACCAAAAACCUUCGCUUUAUCAAGAACCAAUCCCUCAGACGCCUUCUGGUUCCAAUGUAGUUGCUGGUAACGGGAUGAUCAACCCCUCAGAUGAAAACACACUCUUAUCCCAGAAUCAGAAUCAAGAACCAGGCUACAUCAUUCACCCCCAACAAUCUCAGCAACAGUUCAUACACGCUGCUACACCUCAAUACAUUCAUCACCAUCCAUCUCUUGGCCACCCUCUUCACACUUACAUUCACGUCUACCCUUCACAACAGCAUCAGCAGUCUUUCCACAGGCACCCUGGUCAACCCGAUCAGCACCUUUUUCCUGUUUAUUAUGUCACACCUACUCCCUACAGUAUGCAUGUGCCACAAUCUGGUAGUGUGAACGAGGCUCCAGUGUCGUCUCUCCCAUCUAACCAUCCUCAAGCGCAGCCUAAUUCCACCAUGAUGCCUCCACCUCCUAACAACCAUUUGACAAGUGUUGCUCCUGGACCUGGUGGCAAACCUGAGUCUGUGGUUUACGCAACAUCCUCAGCAAUGGGCGGUUCUCAGAUGGUUCAUCCGAUCCCUGCUAGCCAGCAGCAAUUCAUCGGGUAUUCGCAGAUCCAUCACCCACCUCAGUCUGGAUAUGAAUACGCGGACAAUGUUCAUAAACAGAUGUACUACACACUGCCUAUAGGACAAGCACAGUACCAGACAAUGACAGGGCCUCCACCUGCCAUGGUGUUACCUGAUGGGUCUACUUCUGCUAAGCUUCCAGCUGAGAACAUGUCUCAACAGAUCCGGAGUUCACAACCAUUGUGACACACUAGGAGAAGGCACAAGGAAGAUGGAAGGAGCUAAUUUUGGAGGAAGAAAAUCUCGGUUGGUUUGAAACAUAUAAAUGUAUAGUUACUUCUCUACUCUUAGUUUGAAAGUUUCUGCAUCAAGAAAAGUGUCUGGCUUCAUGUUGAUUUGGUAUUUGUGUGAGUACGUAGAGAAUAUGAGAGUAGUGGUGCUUACUUUGGAAUUUACAUUAUAGUUGCGAUGGAAACUGGUGGUUUAGCAUUUUCAUGGAUCUUAUAUCAUAUUAUAAUCAU